AUGUUUGUUCCGGGAGCAAAGCAGAUUAUGACAGAGUUCGGUUUCACAAAUCAGACUCUAAGCACAAUGACCGUUGCCGUUUACAUCCUGGGGCUCGCACUGGGGACUGUGAUCUUUGCGCCGCUCUCAGAAAUCUACGGUCGUUUACCUGUUUACGCGGCUACCAGCGAUAUUUUUGUCGCCUUCAUGACUGGUUGUGCUUUUGCCAUGAACCUUGCCGAAUUCAUCCUUUUCAGGUUCCUGAGCGGAUGUGCUGCCGCAGCUUCGCAAGCUCUGAGCGGUGGUACUCUAGCGGACGUUAUACCUAGGGAAAAAAGAGGCCGAUGGAUGGGUAUGAUCAUCCUCGGGCCCAUGCUCGGUCCUACUAUUGGCCCCAUUGCAGGCGGCUUCAUUGCGCAGGAUUUGGAUUGGCGCUGGAGUUUUCGCAUCUUGGCAAUUGCGAGUGGUAUUGUUGCCGUUCCCGCCGUCUUCUUUCUUAGGGAAACCUCACCAAAAAUCAUUCUUGCGCGGAAACAUCAACGACAGAGCAACAUAUGUAUCAGCAAUGAGACGUCCUUCCUCCCAACUUCAGCCGUCGGAACGAGCUUCUCGCAAGGCGUCUUACGACCCGUCAGAAUCCUCUUUUUAUCUACUGUUGUUCUCUGUCUUUCACUUGCUGUGGCGUUUAAUUUCGGGCUGAUGUUUUUCCUUUUUGCGAGCUUUCCAACCGUGUUCCAGGGGUAG